CUGGCCCCAGCACGGGCACCCCCUGCCCUCCCUCACCCAGCCGGCCCCCCCGCGCCCCCAAACCGCCGCUAACGCUUCCCUCGCCACGCCGGGGGUGCAGCCCCCGGUCCUGAAACCCUCCAGCCACAGGCAGCCGGGCUGGCAGCACAUUUUGGGAGGUUUUCUCCUCUUUUGGGGGACAAUUGGCUCCUACUUCAGAGCUGGGGAUGCUCUCGGGGGCUCCCCAAAGAGCCGGGGGAUGCUGGGGUCCAGCUGGGGACAGGGAUGUGCUCGGCCCCGGGUGCUGCACCCCUCGGGUGGCAUUACCAGGGUGGGGGGAUGGUGGCACCCCGCUCUGCUGCUGCUGCUCCCCGCUCUGCUGCACGGCGCCGGCUCCCUCCGCUUCCCGGGCAGGGCGCUCCGCAUCCCGGCGUCAGCAUCCGGCCCCGGCUGAGCUCCCCGGAGCGACCCCUCCUCCCAAAAACCAUCACCUGCCCCUCCCUGUCUGCCCCACGGGCCGCUCUCCUCUCCCGGGCCGCCCCGCCAGGAGACGGUGUCACCUUCGGAGGGGUUUUGUGGGCAGGGAUGGGGACACGAAACGCUGGAUGCAGCCGGGGCUGCCACGGGACCCUCGGGCACCAGACGGUCCCCUGGGUGUGGCACGGUGCCUCGGACACCAUCCCAGCUGUGAGGGACCCGCGGCACCCACCGUGAGCCUCCCGCCGGCCGUUUUUGAGGGGCAGCGCGGCCGCCCGGCCCCGGAGCCGCCGGGGCUUUCCCGGAGCGGCAGAGCCCCGCGGGCCGGGGAUGGAGUGUCUUUGCUUUAUCUGUUUAAUUAAAACCAAGGCGAGUAGGGCGGCCCAGGGGGCCCAGCCGUCGGGAGCCGGCACCCUCCACAAAGCGAUUCCUCGGGGAAGCCCGGCGGCCGAGCGGGACCACGGGGCAGCCGGGUCUCGGGCUUUCCCGGCAGCAGGACCACCCUGGAGGACUCGGCCACGGCGGGGUCCCUCCUCUGGUCCCUCCGGGGUUGCUCCCUGGGCAAAACCUCUCCCGUGCGGCCCCUUUUUGGCCGCGGAGGGUCCCCGUGCUCCGGACGAGCCCCGUCCCUCGGUGCCGCGGGCAGCCUGGCCGUCUGGGCGCCCGUUUUUCCCCGCUGAAGACGUGACCCCUUCCUCCUCCUCCUCCUCCUCCUCCUCCUCUCCUCCUCCUCCUCCUCCUCCUCGCGGCCCGGGGCUCCGUCGGCUCGCGCGUAAGGAUGCGCAUUCCGCCCGGGAAUCCGCCACGGUGUCGGCAUCCAGAGAAGAAGCAGCAGCUGCAGCCCCCGAAAUCUCGCCCGCCCGGCCUGAAGUUCCGCAUGCAGAAGCGGCCGCGGGGCCCCUCCUGAGCCUCUCCAUCCUCUCCGUCUUUCUCAGGAACGCCGCGGCCCCGGAGCCGUGCGGGAGCACGGUGGGACCGAGCCGAGCCGUGCUGCCGGCCCCGGCAGCAGUCUUUUGCUUGACAGAACUGGUUGUUGACCUUAUUUUUAUUUUUUUUUAACUUUUUUAAACUUUUUUUUUUUUUUUUUUUUUUUUUGUUCUAAGCCCCCCACCCUCUUGGUUUUGUCAUUGUCCAGCUGACCUUGUUUGUUUUAUUUUUUUCCCCCCCCUCCCCAAUUUUUACCGUGUCUGUGACAUUUCCUAUCGAUGAGUAAAGAGGGACUCCCGCGUCCUGGUCUUUCUUGUGCA